UUUCGACUGACGGCUGCGGAACUGGCUUUAUUCAGCCCCUCCUUGUCCUUGUUCUGUAUCCCCCAUUCUUCACUUGCGGAGUUCGUCGGCACGUGCCAGACAGAGACUUUGUUUUCAGGCUAUAGUCGUACUCCGUCUGGGCCACUGUUAACUUGACUGGCCAAUUGCAGCAUUCUGCGCCUCGAGAUAUCCUGUUCUUGCUGCGGCCCACAACGUCGGAGGCGCCGACCACGAGGUAUACUCUGUACCAGUAGUAGCGGUAAAGAAAAAAAAAAAA